GGUUAAUAUGAACUUUAAAUUAAGAGUUAGCUGUGGAUUUGGUCAGUUUCAUUUCAAUUUUUUUGGUCUGCUUUCUAAAAGUAGGUAUUAGAAUGUGAAACACUUUAGCUUACUCAUGCGAUUGUUGCUCAUGGUUAUUCUGAAGUUUUUAUACGAGACAUGGAGUUUUCAGGGCAUAUAUUUUGCUCCACAACAUUAUCCAAAGAGAUAGAAGAGGAUAAAAUGACCCUCUCCCUAAUAAAUGACCACCUUUCUCUUUCUGUUCCCUUUCAUGGCUUCUCUGCCUUCAGUUGCCCUCAGUGGCAAUCUCAAGCUCGAUACAGAACCCAGAAAACAACUCUUUACUUUUCUUGCCCCAGAAAAGUCGACAACAUUGGUGUCUCAGAGCCCAGGCCUCUCAUAUACAAGAAACCAGACAAUCACCCCAUUGGAUGGAAGUAUAGAAGCAGCAAUAACCCUAGACUUCCAAGAAGCGCUUUCCAUUGUAAAAGAUGGAAAAAAGAUUGAAUCAUCAUACUAUGUCCCUCUCUUUCAAGAAUGCAUUGACAAGAAUUCCUUUUCAAAUGCGCAAGUUCUUCACUCCCACAUCGUAAAAACCGGAACCCAUCAAGAUUUCUUCAUCAUGACAUUUCUUAUCAAUGUUUAUGCAAAAUGUCGAUCCAUGGAGGAUGCACAGAAAAUAUUCAAUAAUCUGGAUAGAAGAAAUGUGGUUUCUUGGACGACCUUGAUGACGGGUUAUGUUCAGAAUUCUCAACCAGAGCUUGCAAUCCAUGUUUUCAAAGAAAUGUUGGAAGUCGGAUCUUAUCCUACAAACUACACUCUAGGAGCUGCUCUGAAUGCUUCUUCUGCUCUGAAUUCUAUUGGACUGGGGAAGCAAAUCCAUGCUUACAUUGUUAAAUAUAGGAUAGAUUUUGAUACAAGUAUUGGGAACUCGCUUUGUAGCUUUUACUCAACUUGUGGCAGCUUGGAUUCUGCUGUCAAAUCUUUCCAAAAGAUUAGAGAAAAGAACAUAGUGUCAUGGACCACAGUUAUUUCUGCCUUUGGAGACAAUGGUAAAGCUGCAAAGGGCCUGAGAAUUUUCACUGAGAUGCUAUCUGAAGGAAUUCAGCCUAAUGAAUUUACAUUGUCUACUGUCUUGAGCCUGUGUUGUACAAUGUUGUAUUUGAGUAUAGGAUCACAGCUUCACUCCUUGAGCAUUAAACGAGGGUAUGAAUCAAACUUGAGAAUAAAUAACUCUAUCAUGUACUUGUACCUUAAAUGUGGAAGGAUUGAUGAGGCACAGAAGUUGUUUGAUGUCAUGGGAGAUGUCAGCUUGGUUACAUGGAAUGCCAUGAUUGCAGGCCAUGCUCAAAUGGUGGAUCUUGCUAAGGACGAUGUCUCAGCCUACCACAGUGGAACAGAGGCACUGAGCAUUUUUUUGAAACUGAAUCGCUCAGCCAUUAGACCCGAUCUCUACACCUUCUCUAGCAUAUUAACCGUGUGUGGUGAGAUGGUGGCCUUAGAACAAGGAGAGCAGGUACAUGCUCAAACGCUGAAAACUGGUUUCCUGUCCGAAGUAGUUGUGGGAACAGCACUAGUUAACAUGUACAACAAGUGUGGGAGCAUUGGGAGAGCAAGCAAAGCUUUCUUAGAGAUGUCUACCAGAACGUUGAUAUCAUGGACUUCUAUGAUUACUGGUCUCGCACAUCAUGGCCAGACAGAGCAAGCAUUGCAGCUGUUUGAGGACAUGAGAGUAGCCGGAGUAAGACCAAACCAGAUAACUUUCGUGGGUGUCUUAUCAGCUUGUAGUCAUGCUGGAAUGGUAAAUGAAUCACUUGGCUAUCUCAAGAUUAUGCAAAAGGACUAUAAAAUGAAGCCAUUGAUGGACCACUAUGGAUGUUUGAUUGAUAUGUUUGUGAGAUUAGGUCGUUUAGAGGAAGCUUUCGAGUUUAUCAAGAAGAUGGGUUUUCCACCAAAUGAGUUUAUAUGGUCACUUUUGCUUGCAGGGUGUAGAAGACAGGAGAAUACAGAGUUGGGUUUGUACGCUGCUGAACAGUUACUCAAACUGAAGCCAAAGGACAUAGAGACUUAUGUAUUGUUAUUGAAUAUGUAUAUAUUUGCAGAGAGAUGGCAGGAGGUUUCCAAGGUGAGGAGAAUAAUAAGAGAGGAGAAACUGGGAAAUUUAAAGGAUUGGGGGUGGAUUAGCAUCAAGGACAAAGUUCAUUCCUUCAAGUCCAGUGAUCGGUCGAAUCUUCAUAGUUCAGAAAUAAGCACAUUGCUGGAGGAAUUGCUUGAAAAAGCAAAGAGACAUGGAUAUGAACAGCAAGAAAGUUUCGAAUUAAUUGAGGAUGAUGAUGAAGAAAAGACUUAUUCUUCUCUGGUUUAUCAUAGUGAAAAGUUGGCCGUUACAUUUGGAUUGUUGAAUACACCAAAUGCUGCGCCAAUUCGAAUAAUAAAAAAUUUAUGUAUGUGUAGAGAUUGUCAUAAUUUUGUUAAAGUGAUCUCCUUGCUAACUGGUAGGACUAUAAUCAUCCGAGAUAGCAAACGUCUUCACAGAUUUGUAAAUGGACAUUGCUCUUGUGGGGAUUCUGCUGGUCUCCUUUGACUUUGCUAUUUAGGGAGGGCAAGUGAAUAGUUAACGUUUACUUAUUUCUUUCUGGGAAGAUUAAAAUUCUAAUCUUUCUGGUUUGAAUGCUGUGCAUUUUUUUUUUAACAAUUCC